AUGGCCACUCGGUGGCGCAAAAGCGCAAGAAACUAUCUCCGUGGACGGAUCGAAAUUUCCAGUCAGCCCGCGCGUCGCGGCAACGGGCCCGCUAAUUCAGGCGUCCGCCUUUUAUUUAUGUCUUCAUACGCGCCGCCGAUAGCCUCUAAUUACGGCCGCGGCGCAAAAACACUAAUCGGCCCUCCGUCCACCGAUCCUGCAGUCGGAACGCGAGCCUGCGCGGCU